AUGUUCAUCAAGUCAGCCGAUGAAACUGAAACAAAAAUCCGUCGUAAUGAAACUCCUAAUUGGAACAAAUGGAUAUGGCCUUCUGGCAUUUCUGGAAUAGAAGCUCUCGAUAAAGCCAGUUCAGAAGCAGAACAUUACUAA